GCUUAGUAUAUGUAGCACUUGUCAAACGACUCUUUAUGAGCACGAAAAGGAAAUAAAAAUAAGAUCAUUGCCGAUAAUGCCAAAUUAUGAAGAUUUGCGUUUGAAUAAUGUUACUCGACAUCAAGAGCAAAAUAGUAAUAAUAUUUGUCAGUGUUAUAUAUGUUUAACUGCAAGAACCAAAUUUCAUAAAAAGCCUUUAAAAGGUCGAGGUAAUAAGAAAAUAUCGAUACAAAUUGAUGAAAGCAACGGUCUUCAUAGUAAACUUAAACCGAAAGUAAAUCCUGAAAAUGUAUUACAACCUAUCGAUACAAAGUCUGCACCCUGCAAGGAAGUUAUUAUUAAUUUAAUUGACAGAUUGCCUGAAAAAGAGCAGGAUUAAAUUAUUUCUAAUGUUUUGCGGAAGAAAGCGAAUAAUGGAACAUUUUCAGCAGAACAUAAAGUAAUUAAAAACGUUCAACUGGAACUUAGUAAUGACAAAGGGAAGAAAAUUCAAGUUUUACUGAAUGGGGAAAAAAAAGAUAAGCAAACUUUUUUUUCUGAAAAAAGUUUAGAUAAUUACUUUGUAGAAAAUAAUAUGUCAUCAAAUCAAAUGAGAAAACUGACCACUUUUGUUCGUUCACAAACUGGUAGAAAAUCUGUGCCUACUAAUUAUCAUUGCCAUAUAAGUGAAAAAAUUAACUCGUUAAAAGAAAUAUAUAAAAGUAGUAAUACAUUUGAAUUUGAAACAUCGAAGACAAAAGAAAAGAGACCAGUGAUAUGGGCCGAUGCAUCGGAAUUAGUGGAAGCUGCAAUUGAGUCACGAAAUUUAAUUGGACAUUACAAACUUAAAGUUAUGGCUGACGGAGGACAGGGAUUUUUUAAAAUAUGUAUCUCGAUAAUUCCUGAAAAUUAUAAAUCAAUAAUUGAUGCUGAUUGUAGCAGUGAAGAUGAUAAUUAUGAGCCUAAGGAAAAAAUAUUUAAGUCUAAAUGCGAAAAAGUUAACGUUAAAUCAGAAGCAAAAUUAACAAGUGUGAAAAAACUAUUAAUGCUGUGCAUCGUCCCUGAUAUAAAAGAAUCUUACGAAAAUUUGAAGACACUAUUUGAAAUAACAGGUAUUAAUAAAAUUCCAUUUAAAUUUGUAGCUGAUUUUAAAUUAAUGCUCAUAGUUAAUGGGUUACAAACUGCAUCUGCUACAUAUCCCUGCCCAUAUUGCUUCAUCAAAUUGAAAGAAUCAAAAAAAUCGUGUGCUGAAGAUGAUGUAAUUGUUAGUGCAGAAGGCGAUUUUGCAAAAUUAAGAACCUAUGGAGAUAUAAGAAAAGACUAUGAGACUUUUGUCAAGUUAAAAAAAAAUAAAAAGAAAGCUCCAGAGUCUUACAGCAAUAUUAAUGAACCUCUCUUUUACGAUGAAGAAGAUGAUAAGUUUGUAGUUGAUAAAUGCGUGGUUCCCGAAUUGCAUCUACUUCAAGGCUUUGUCAAUCAUUUAUUUUUUGACGGGUUAGUUCCUCUUCUUACAUCUAAAGUAGCAUUUUUGUGGCCAGAAAAAUUAUCUCUUUCUUCUAAAAAUUAUCAUGGAAGAGUGUUUGAAGGAAAUGCUUGUCGCAAACUACUCAAGUCUGCUGAUUUAUUGGAUGAUAAAAUUAUCUAUGAAAACGUUGGUCGGCUUCGCUUGCUUCCUUACAUAAACGCAUUUAAAGCGAUGGACAAAGUAGUCUCGAGUUGUUUUUCGGUCAAAAAAAUUAGAAAAGAUUUAGAUAAAAAUAUAAGGGAGUUUAAAACAAUUUAUGAAGCGACUGAAUGCUCAACAACACUGAAAAUUCACGUAAUUUCAAAACACCUUCAAGAUUGCCUUCGAUUUCUUGAUGGAGAUGGAUUAGGCAUUUGGUCAGAACAAGCAGGAACGCAGGACCAGAGAAGCAGAAGAGGCCUAUCAACGGCGACAAAAGUGGCUAGCCGCCUGCCAGGAGGAGAAAAGGGUCUUAAGAAAGGAGGCCACUGCUACAGCCAAAAUUGUUCUGGAGGAGGUGUUAAACCAGACUUGGGAGGCAGAGCAAGAGGCAGAAAACCGCCGACGCCAUUUCCAACCUGCCUUAGUGGAUACCGCAUUCCGGAGAAUGUGGUGUCAGAAGUGCGAACAGCGAGGACACCAGGCGAAAGACUGCCCAAGAGCCGACUAGGGCUUAGGGUUUACCCCUAGGAUCCCCAUAUAGUUUUUGUUUCUUUUUUUUUUCUUUCGUUCUCUUGAGUUUAAUUUUUUUUUUGGUUUCAUUUUAUUAUAAUUUUCAAGUUUAUUUGAGGUAAUUUUUGAUAUAUGUUUAUUUUCGUUUGAGAUUAUUUAGCAGCCAUAACAUUACUAUAUAAUGCUUAGAAUAGUAACAUAUUAUUUUCCGUAACCAAAGAGUUACCAUACAGUAUUUGAAGUUUACUUGAGAAGUCUGUGCUGCAAUAAAGUUACAAUACAAUAAAGAGUAUUAAUAAGUGAAUAUCUGUUAACAUAAGGUUAAAAGAUAAUAUUUGGAAUAUUAAAGGAAAAAAGAUCAAUUUUUCUAACAUUUAUGGUUCUUUAUAUUUGCCCUUAUCUCCCGAAAAUCCAGAAAUAACUAUUCAAGAUACGGACACCGAAGGAUGAGUUGUGAAAUUAGUAAAAGGUAGGUAGGAAAGACGCUGCUCGUAAUACCCUGUCUCGUUCAAAUGUCCAAAUAUUAGCAAAGCAUCCAUUUAUCUGAAAAUUCGGGAGGGGAUAAACUGAAGGUAAAGUUAAUUUAGUUUAU